AUGAGUUAUAUUUUCAUUGCCUCUUAUGUCGUCAAAGAUGCUAAACGGUUUGGGUGCAUUGAUGGUUUUUCUGCAUUCCCUUAUGAAAAUACCACGACCGCUCAACAUCGGUCACCAAAAUAUCGCAACCUCGACAUUUCCUUGAAUAACCAUGAGGACACAGUAGAUUCAUUGAUAAAUAUCGUUCAAAAUAUAGUCGCUAUCAACAAUGAAUACUUCCUCAUUUUGAAGAAAUUAGGAAGGGCAGACGGAUUCUUUAAUAGCUCUACCACCACUGUGAAUUCCCCAAGUCCACGCCCAUUGAUGGUACGAUUAACCCCACACCAGCCACUCGAGUUUGCUGCAGGAGCUGCUACGGUAAAGGCGAAAAGGAGGAGAGCAGAGGCGUUAAGAGCAGAGGCUGAGAGGCUCCGGUCUGAUGCCUCUAAAUCAGAAGCUGCAGGGCCGGCGGCAAUAGCCAAGGCAGCAGAAGCAGAAGCAGCAGCAGCAGAAGCAGCCGCAGUAGAAGCAGCAGGAGAGGCAGCAGCAAUCCUGCCAGCAGCAGCAGCAGAAGCAGAAGCAGCAGUGGACGAAGUUGCUGAGAUGGCCGGUGCUCCAUGA